AUGAACGAAGAAGAAAUUACUAUUAUAAAUGGUAAUAAUUACACCGAAAUUAAACAAGUGUUACAAAAUUUCUUAAAAACUAAUGAUAAUGUAUUUACGUUUCCAUUUUUAUGCGAGAAUAAUAGACGUGUUUCAUUGUGGGCAGCGCUUUUUCAACAUCUACAAACAAAAUCUUCAGAAUCAGUGCACGUAUUGUGUUUAGCAACACUUAGACUACUGAGCCGAGACAAAUGUGAACUAGAAAGUUUAAUUUGUGAAAAAUGGAUUCUAAUGCUCAUUGAAAUGGCAGGAUUGUUUAAUUUUGUGGAUCCUGAUGAUACAAUGGAUGUUGAUAUGCCCAUUAAAGAAAUUGUAGUAGAGGCAUUAAAAUGUUUGUGCAAUAUAGCAUUUAACAGUGAAGUUUCUAGAGCAUUAUGUGCACAUACCAGUAUUGCUCAAGGUUUGGUAGCAAGACUACGCUCAUACAAGGAAAUAUCAUUCAAAGAAGACAUAAUGUUGUAUGACAUGAAGUUAUUGUUUAUCUUGACAGCUUUAAGAAAUGAUAUAAAAAUAAAAAUAAAAGAUGAGCUACAUGGAAUGGAUUAUUUAAUAAGCUGUUUGAAUGAACUGGUUAUAGAAGCAUCAGAUAAUGAAUGCGACAUUGCUGGAAGCAGUGCUGUGGUUGAAGGGGUCCAUAACUGCUUCCUAGGGGAUAAUCAACAAGCAAUAGUCUGUGAGAUACUGAAGACACAGUUCAACCUUAUGUUGCAUUCGGGAUCUGAAGAGCCUGUAAGUGAAGCUGAAGAAGGCAUGUACUUGAAGUUAAUGCCAGCUUUAACUACUUUGUUAUAUGCACAUGCACCAACACAAGAAAAAUUAAUGGAAUUGCACAGUAACAUUGCUAAUUUGUUGACAAGUGUUCCUCCAGUAUUUUAUCAGUAUUUGACUCCAGAGUUGAAUGAGGGAGAGAAAGCACAAUAUGAAUAUGCUGGUAGAAACAUGGAUGCUUUACAAGCAUUACUUCAACUAUUGGAAUAUAGACUUUCAAUAACACCAAGCACUAAAAAUCAAUAUGAAAACCUAUCUCCCAUAUUAACAGUAUUAAAUAAGAGCUCCCGAGGUUGUAGAGCUCAAAGAAAGUUUCUAAGGUUGGCAGUACUACCACCAUUGAGAGAUGUCUCUCGACCACCUGAGAAGGGAAAUACCCUGCGGAAUCAAUUAUGCAGACUUCUAACAACUCCCGUUACAUCUGUCAGAGAUCUUGUGGCUGAGUUUCUGUUUAUUCUUUGCAAGGAAAAAGUGGGUCGUAUGGUGAAAUACACGGGUUUCGGUAACGCGGCUGGACACUUGGCGCAGAAAGGAUUAAUGGGCAGCAGUCGAGGCCCGGUCAUGUAUUCUUCUAGCAGUGAGGAUUCUGAUACAGAAGAAUAUCUAGAAGCACAACCCCGGAUAGACCCGGUUGUGGGGUGUACUCGACCACCACGCAUCAACCCUUUCGAGGGUAUGACGGAUGAACAGAAGGAAUACGAAGCGAUGAAGCUCGUGAAUUUGUUCGAUAAGAUGCUAUGCGAGGGCAUUGUAAAGCCGGCACGCAUCGGGCCGGACGGGCGGCCGCAGCCCGUGGAGCACGUGCUCGAGAUGCGGGAAACCCCCAACAGACAACAGUCU